AGGGUCGGAGGGAUUAGAGUUCCCCCCCCCUCCCCCACGGAGCUCCCUGGCAGGAACAAUCCGUAGGAGGAAAAAUGUGACCAGGCGCAGAACGGUCUGUGGCAACUUUACUCCGCGUUGCACUUUCGGCACUGCCGCCCCAGGCGGGAUGCGCUGCCCCGGCGCGGGCUAGGCUAGCGCUGUGCUGCCCGCCGGCGGAGCCUCGCUGGCCAUGCCGGGGCUGGGCGGACUGUUACCGCUGUUACCUGGAAACCGGCCGCGAGGCGAGGCUGGCAGAGCGGCACACGGCGCCUGGCGCGCAGGACCCGGCCAGUGGCAACCCCCCUCCGCCCGUCGGGCCGGUUAGCUGGACGCAAGCCGCCCCGAUUGCCAGCCUCUCGGGGGAGGGGCGCCCCCCCGCCAGCAGACCUGGGUGAAUGAAGCCCCGGGGCCCCGCCUCCUCUGCCUUAUAGCUCGGCGGCUGGCCCCUUCGGCCCACUGAGCCGGAGCUCGCCGCCAUGGGCUGGGGCAGCGCGGGCGCGGCUGGGCUGCUGCGGCUCCGCUCCCGCGCCAAGCCCGCGGCAUGACGCCCCCCCAGCUCUGUGUGUGGGGCGGCUUCAACCGCACCGCUCCCAGCAUGUGGGGCGGCGCCAGCGCCUCGCCGGAAGCCCCCAACGGCACGGCGAGCCCCGCGGAGGGAUGCGGCUCGGUCUCGGUGGCGUUCCCCUUGAGCAUGAUGCUGACGGGCACGGUGGGCAAUGCCCUGGCCAUGCUGCUGGUGUACCGCACCUGCCAGAAGAAGGAGAACACGCGGAAGAAGUCCUUCCUGCUGUGCAUCGGCUCCCUGGCGCUGACCGACCUCAUCGGCCAGCUCCUCACCAGCCCCGUGGUCAUCGCCGUGUAUCUGGCCAGCAGGAGCUGGCAGGAGUUGGACCCCUCGGGCAACCUGUGCGCCUUCUUUGGGUUCUGCAUGACGGUCUUCGGCCUCUGCCCCCUCUUCAUCGCCAGUGCCAUGGCUGUAGAAAGGACCCUGGCCAUCCGAGCGCCUCACUGGUACGCCAGCCACAUGCGAACCAGGAUGACCAAGACUGUCUUGCUCAGCAUCUGGCUGGCAGUGUUUGCCUUUGCCCUCCUGCCCAUAGCUGGCUUAGGGCAGUACACCCUGCAGUGGCCAGGCACCUGGUGUUUUAUCAGCACAGGGGACAACCAUGAUGUGGGCAACACCUUCUUCGCUUCCGCCUUUGCCUUUCUGGGACUUUGCUCUCUGAUCGUCACCAUGGCAUGUAACUUGGCCACGAUCAAAGCUUUAGUGGCUCGGUGCAGGACCAAACCCUCAGCAUCUCAGUCCAGCAAGCAGUGGGGGAGAAUCACCAUGGAAACACUGGUCCAGCUGUUGGGGAUCAUGUGUGUUCUCUUUGCUUGUUGGUCACCACUGUUGAUUAUGAUGUUGAAAAUGAUCUUCAGUCACAAGUCGGUUGAACACUGCAAGCCAUCUGACAACACAGUUCAAAGCAUAGAACUGCAGAAAGAAUGCAAUUUCUUCUUGACGGCUGUCCGCUUGGCCUCUCUAAACCAGAUCUUGGACCCCUGGGUUUAUCUGCUAUUAAGAAAAAUUCUCCUCCGAAAGUUUUGUCAGGUAGCAAAUGCCAUCUCCAGUUGUUCUAAUAAUGGAUUGAAAGGGCGACCUAUCACGUUAACAGAUGAAAUCAGACAGACAGCAGCAUGAAAGAAUAUUGAUACACCUUGCAUGCAAAUUACUUUUGACAAGUAGUCUUAAGCCUUACUGUGAAUUUGGGCAUCUGUGGCAUGCCGGUGUCUCCACAUAACCAACUGCAGUAUAGUAGUACUUUUGAAUGGACAUAGAAUGCCAGAUAAUUAUGUAUCCGAUUUGCCAACAAUACAUAAAUAUAAACAAAGGAGUAUGGCCUAUUAUUAACAGUUACCUAAAAUUCUGGUCUCUUUAUGAUCCAUAGCUAAAACCAUUCAAGCUAAAGAAUGACUUUUUUUUCUGCUGUACACAUCAUGUUUUCUGGGGAUUUUUCUUUCUUUGAAGGAGAAGAAUCAAUAAUUUUUAUGUCAGGUAACAUUUGAGACACAGAUUCAACAGCUUAAGUUAUUGAAAAGACUCAUUAUUGCACUUAAUUUUGACUCUAAGCUUAUCUGCUAGAUCCAGAUAUUAUUCCUACCUCCUUUUUUGGGGAAAAUGCAAGAGACUUGAGGAAAAAAAUAAUAGGAGUCCUUUCCUUUCUUUAGAUUUCAGUGAUUUGUUAGAAGAAUUGCCAAUGUCAUUGUGUAUAAUAAUGGUGUUCUCUUUCAAGUGCUGAAAGGCAGCAGGAGUUUUAUGUGCUACAUGGGCUUACCAUGGUAAUUACUGAUUUUUAGUGAAUGCAAGAAUAAACUUACCUGCCGCAAAGGAGAGGGGGCUUUGAGGAACAGCAGAAAGGUACAAUCUACCUUAUUAAAAAAAAAAAAAUAAACUUUGCACUUUUUUUUACAAGUAAUACCUAUGAAACACCCAGGUUAGUGAAGCAUUGUUUCACACUAUGGUGAUGUAGUCUACCUUAGCUAUUCACAGUAGAUAUCCCUUUCACAUAGCAAAAAAUUCACCCAAUACCUUCAAAGAGCAGCUUUAUUUGUGAAGGUCAUGAUUCUGGGAAGAGAAAGACCUUUCAGCUACCCUCUGGUGGUGGGCACACCACAUACACAGCACCACUUUUUUACUUAAGCACCCUAAGGGUGGGUCACUCACAAUAUGAAAUAUCAGCCAAGAAACAAUAGAUUUUUCCUAAAAGCCAGCUUUGAGAAACAUGACAGCCUUGGGAUUUUUUUUUUCUUUUUUUAAAUCAAGCCCCAUUGUCAGCAGAGAUUUCAGUUGGAGGAUCUCAUUACUCAGAUCUUUCCUUGAGUAAUUUUCAGGUUGGAUUAUAAGCACUCACAUUUCUGCCGUAUUGUUUGAACAUCUUUUACUAACUCCCUUGUUUUCCUCCAGUUUUUCAUGGGCCCAUAACCUCUAACCUGUCCCAUUUAAUGGCCUUCUUUCUGGAUUAGAUCUCUAUGAAAUUGUUUGCAAGAAUAUACAUGCCAAAUUCUGGUCUGUUACACACAAAUGCAAGCUUGCUGAGAUUAGUGGAGAUACAUUUUCUUAGACCAUAUCUAAAUUCAGCCAUGGAAUUUCUAUCGGAGUUAAAGGAGGUUUGUACAUGGGAUUGGUACAAUAACUGUAUUUAUAUGUUAGAGUAUGAAAAACCAUUGGGCAGAUAAGGCCUUUAAAAUGGCAUAAUUGUACUUAAUAGCAAUGCAUAAUCGAAUGGAAAAAGUAGCUCUCAAGUUCAAACAUAAUUUUUGAUAUCACACUAGUCUGAUUUGGUAAUGGGCAAUAUUAGAAAUGUGCUACUGUAAAUACUCUUGUAGGUACACAUUGAAAUAGCAUGAAAUAUGAAAAUCCGAGGUGGCAGCCAGAAAGCAUUUGGCUAAUCACUUUUUAUGUCCUUGUGUCUAAUCAUCACCAUAAUGACAGACAAGAAAAAAAAGUAACUGGAGUUAGAUUGGCAGUUAACAUUGUAUAUCAAAGCCUCAGAGGUGAUUAUUUUUAAUGUGACAUCAGGACUCUGACAUCUCAAUGAUAAGUCAAGAAAUAGUGUAAAUUAUACUGAGGUACUUUGACAUUUUGUAAUCCACUGGUUUUACUUUAAAUCUACUUGCCUUCUUGUUCAGUUUCAUAGUGACACAAAAUAAACAUGCUUAUUCGGCCCAUAUCUGUCUGAAUAAAGAAGAAAUCAAGAACCUCAUCCAAAGCCCAUUGAAGCCAAUCAGUCACUAAGGGGUAGGGUUACACUGCAAAAAGAGAUGUGCUAUUAACUCGGGUUAAAUUAGCAGUGAACACAAGACAACUCAUCUUUUAACUCAGGUUAGCCAGUCGAGUUAAAGCCGAUAGGGGAGCUUGAGAUACUGCUCUACACUUACCCACUGGUUCGGCGGCAAGCAAUCGAUCUUCUGGGAUCGAUUUAUCGCCUCUUGUCUAGACGCGAUAAAUCUAUCCCGGAAGUGCUCGCCAUCGACGCCGGUAAUCCUGCUCCGUGAGAAGAGUAGGCGGAGUCGACGGGGGAGCCUGCCUGCCGCGUGUGGACCCACAGUACCUUUAAGUUCGAACUAAGAUACUUCGACUUCAGCUACAUGAAUAACGUAGCUGAAGUUGCGUAUCUUAGUUCCAACUGAGGGCUUAGUGUGGACCAGCCCAAAGAAAGGGAAAUGCCUUGUUAACAUUUAAAAAGGCUUUCAGCUACUAAAAUAUCAUUUAGAAAAACUCCUAUAUAGUUCCUAAAUCCUCAUCACAUACACCUGUAGGAAGUACAACUCCAUCAAACUUUUUAUGGCCUUCUGUAGCUAACUCUGAUUUUCUUGUUUUCAUUCAUGGUCUUUUAGGAACAGCUGUUCACCAGCUUAUGUAUCUCUAAAGCUAGAUAGCUCCUCUGAAAAAUAAAACAACUCCUGAAUAUGUAACAGAUGUGCAAAAUCCGCCAAAUGAGACUAAUUAACCCAAGAUCUAUGAUGUGCCCUGGUAACAGGCCAGAGGACACAUCUAACAGCAGUCUAAGUGAGGAAGGCAGCAUGUUUUGACAUCAAAAGUAUUUUUUUCCAGUUAGCAAGUCUCCCUUCUGGUUUGCAUGCUUUUUGUCUGGGUAUUUCUAUCUUAGCCCAUUUCUGUGAUGUCCCUCUUGCAAAAGUUAUGUAUUAUAUUCCUAUUAAUGUGCCUAUCAUUAAAAAGAAGGCUGAGUCAGGAAUAGUUAUAUAAAUAGAUGGUUUACAAAUGAAUGCUGCUCUUAGGACACUACUUAGACUAAUGUGAUCCAAUAAGAACACUGUCUUAAUAAUUUAGUGUCAAAGCUAAGAUGGAACCAAAGACACACCUUUUAAAAGCAGAGCCAUUAUUCUUCAAGGCAUAUUAGGAUAGUCAGUUAUGCACAUCCAUACAAUAUGUCUUAGAAGACAUAGAGCUUAAUUCUGCUUGGACAUGCACAGCUCAGUAGGUUUGCAAUAGUGCAAAAAAGAGUGGAAUUUGGCUGAUAUUCUGAAAAUCUGAAACAUACCCUUCAGCUACAAGAGCUUUACACCAGUGUAAUUGAGAUCAGAAUUUGGCAUUCAGUGCCUUCUAGGUAAUAGAACAGAAUACAAUAAACUAGAACUACAAUGUCCUGGCCGACAUUUGGAAUCUGAAUAAAACAAGAUCUACUGUCCAACACUCUAUAGGAGAUAAUGUUGAGUACAAUGACCAUAUGUGCCUACACAGCAUCUGCCCUACGAGUGUCUAGAGCUCAUUACUGGUAAGCGCUUUGGGAAAUAGUGAGAAAGAUACUGUAUAAAACCAAAUUAUCCCUUACUCUCUUUGAAAAAAGUGCCAGGUGCCAUUUCAUGCCAAAAGACUGUUAUGUUAAAAGCCUGUUUUUCUGUUCAAGAGAUUAGCCUCAUUCAGUUUAUGCACAUCCGCUGUUUUUCAGAAAUCUGUCCCUUGUAAAGUGUGUCAGAGUGACCUCAGUUAUUUGAGUGAAUUGUGCUCUGCCGGACUUUUCUGUCAAUCAAUAGCUGAACAGCAGCAUGGUACAAUAGGAUCCAAUUUUCUCUACGUAUAGUGUAGCAAGGGUGCAAAAAGUCUAUGAGACUGAGUAAUUUUUGUCCUAAUAUCACCACUGGGAAAACAUUAGUUUUUCAUCUAGACUAACAAUGAAAUACGCAAUGGCAAUAUAAGAACUGCUGAAAUGUAAAGAUAGUUUAAACUAAUUGUUGAAGGGAACCAGAUAUGGGCAUUAUAAUGCUCAAAAUAAUCUCAUGGGUUUGCACUCCUGUUAUUAAAACAGUUCCUUCAUUUUUUUUUAAUUUAGAGAAAAGGGGGAUUAAAUCUGUCUUUGGGUGCAGUAAUAUGAAGAAGAGCAUUUUAUAAAACAAGAAAGUAUGAGAAAUUAUUUGCAUCUUAGUUGUUUAUACCAAAAGAAUUUAAGCACUAUUUGCCAGGCAUGGCCGAUAUGACAUGACUGGCAACUGAAGCACUUUCUUAAAUGAAUUCAAAGAUCUUUAUCAGAAGUGUAAUUAUUUGUUUUGUUUUCCCAUUUAUCUGGUUCUGUGGGGAAGAUAUUUUUGCUGUAUCUUUUUGCAGAUGCCUUCUAUGUUAUUCUAAAUGUAUGUAAAUUUCACUACAGUAGUAUUUCAAAGAUCCAUUUUGAUAAAAUGAUGUACUUCUGUCAGAGACAUUGUAGAAACUGUGGUGUAUGGUGGAAUUCUUUUGAUAUAAUUUUGUUGGCAUUCAAAACACAGCCUGUUGGUGUAUUGAAUGUGUAUGUGUUGUAUUUGUCAAUGCAAAAUAAACAUUUAAAAGUU